UGCCAUUGAUAAUGAAAAGUGAUAACGACGCGCGUGACGCGGAGUACACGUAUACACGCCGGAGCGACUACGGCGUGUAUAACGGAGAUAACAAAGGUCAGCGCUGAUUUUCCGAAAAAAUUUCAAAAGAACGACUGUGUAUUUAUACGGCCGUGUGCGCCGUGGGUGACACAAUGGAGGCCUCCCUGUCAACGACGCUCAGCUUGUGCGUGUGUGCGGGCGCAUAGAGGGACCCGAUAAGACUCGCCCCCCCACCUCGCGCAGUGAUACUUACACGGCCGAUAAGUCGACGCGGAGUUCGGGAAAAAAAAAAAAAAGAAAGAAAAAAGAAAAAGUUUUGUAUACGCCAGUGGUGUACGUCGCAACAGUGUGUACUGUAUAAUAGGGUGGAGUGUGUUGAAGGGAGGAAAUAAGCCGGUGCAAGGAUAACACGAAGGAAUUUAAUUAUACGUAGAUCGACGGGCAGGGCGAGCUAUGAGCUUUUCGGUACCCGUCACCUCCGAGGCAAGAUGAUAGGCUUCGAGUUGCACGAGAGCGGCCACAGCGCCCGCCCCGGCAACGUGCUCACUACGCCCCAGAGCAGCCCCGAGUCGCGACGUUGUCGCCCCGACGCCCUCAACUGCUCCAACUUCAACAACCAUUGCGACAACAGUAGCUCCAGCAGGAGCAGCAGCAGCAGCAGCAGCAGCAGCAGCAGCAGUAACAGUAGUAACGGUUGUGCUGGUGGUAAUUGUUGUUGCGGUGGAGAUAAUAGUGCGACGGCGCCGAGUUUCGCCGGUGGUGGUCCAGGGAUGCACCCGCUCGAGCAGCGUCCAGCGGCCGAGCUCGGCCUCCCGUCCAACAUUCCAGAUUUGCUCUACUCGUCAAUACCAAAGUGCGGGGGCUGUCAGGAGACGAUACUCGACAGAUACGUGUUCCGGGUGAUGGACAGGUGCUGGCACGCCGGUUGCCUAACGUGCCGAGACUGCGGCGUCAGACUGACGGACAAGUGCUACGCCCGCAACGGCCAUGUCUUUUGCAAGGACGACUUCGUCAAGCGUUUCAGUACAAAGUGCGCUGGCUGCGGCCAGGGUUUGGCGCCCAAGCAGGUAGUCCGUCGGGCCCAGGAUCUCGUUUACCACCUGAACUGCUUCUCCUGCGCCAUGUGCUCCCGCCAACUCGACACCGGCGACGAGUUCUACCUCAUGGAGGACGGCAAACUCGUCUGCAAGCCCGACUACGAGCAAGCCAAGGCCAAGGAAUUGGCGGACGGGGGCAGCAUAGACGGCGAACAGCCAAACAAGAGACCGAGAACGACGAUAACGGCCAAGCAGCUCGAGACCCUCAAGAUUGCGUACAACAACAGCCCGAAGCCGGCGAGGCACGUGAGGGAGCAGUUGUCGCAGGACACGGGCCUGGACAUGCGCGUCGUCCAGGUUUGGUUUCAAAACAGGAGGGCGAAGGAGAAGAGGCUGAAGAAGGACGCCGGGCGGACGAGGUGGACGCAGUACUUCCGCAACAUGAAAGGCGGGGGUGGCCACUCGCCCCGGCACGACAAGCUGCUCGACAAGGACGAGCUCAAGGUCGACCUCGACUCCACGUUCGGGCAUCACGAUUUGAGCAACGACAGCUACGGCACUGUGGUUAACAUGGGCCUGGACGAGGGCGCGAGUCCCGGAGGCGGGGGUGGUCCACCCCGGGGUUACUUGGGCGCGGCGACGCCGCCCUACCUGUCGACCUCGAGGUCGCCCUCGUUGCCGCCCCAGUUCCCCUACCCCCCGGACGCUGGACUCUCCGUUUACACGACCCUUGGUGGCCCCGGCGGAAUGGUGGCCGGUCCGACCUCCGACCUGAGCAACGAAUCGAGCGGCGGCGGGGGAGGUAGCAACGCACCCAACAGCGGUGGUGGUGGUGGUGGCAGCGGAGGAGCCGGCGGUGGUUACCCCGACUUUCCACCCUCGCCCGACUCGUGGCUCGGCGAGCCACCGCCCGCGCAUCCCCCGCAUCCCCCGCACCACCCGCACCACCCACGCUACCCCAUAUAGCCCAGCGGAGCGGCCCUGCUUCUCCACCAUCAUGUUUUGCUUUAUGUUGUUGUCGUCAUCAUCAUCAUCGUGAUUGUUAUCAUCCUCCGUUUUCUUCGACUACCCCUUACUGUUCGUUUCUGCGUUUUUGGCGACGACAUUGGGGAGGUACUCGCGCCGGUGCUGCUCCCGAGCAUAGUCGACGGCUCCGUUUGGCCGAUGGCGUCGCUAAUAGCUAGUGUGGCCUGCACCCGAGCCCUGCGGAGAAAAACAGCGCCGAUGGUUCAUGGUAUCAUUCAGCUUUGCCGUACUUCAGCUACCGUACAAAAGUGCGUCCGAUCGUGCGGUGGGUGCACAGCCACCGGCAGCACCGGCAUUCGGAGAGGAGCCUGUACAGUACCGGGACGAGAGGGAUCAAGUCCUACUCGCUUCCCAAACAACUACUCGUAUAUACAUAAUUACGUCAUACCUAGAUCAUAUAUACAUAUAUGUACGCAAUAUAACACAUGGGGGAAAGAAAUUAAGACAAGGAGAAACUAAAGUCCCAUGCGUUCGUCUAACACACUGUUUCUCUUUCGUACGUAAAUAAUAUGCAUAUAUAUAUAUAUAUAUAUACAUACGUGUGAAA